UAAAUCGAUGUUUUUUUACAUUUUUGUCGUUAACUUUCUUUUUGAAUGUUAUCGAUUUCAUAGAUUAAUGUUUUUUUGUUCUAUAUGUGUGGUUUUGUGUAAUGAUUGCCGCAAUUGCCUCUAAAAUAUGUUUAAAUGUAUAUACCGAUCUUUCACGACAAGGCCUGUGCGCGUUCUCAGCUGCUUUGCUAACAUCGACUGGGUAGAUUGAGACGCCAAUUUGGUGGAGGAAGAAAAUAAGACAUUAUUUGCAAGCUUCCUUCGGGAGUUCGAGCCCAGUUGGCUCUUUAUCGUCUGAAGAUCAUGACUUCGAUCCGACAGCAGAGAUGCUAGUCCACGAAUAUGACGACGAGAGGACUUUGGAGGAGGAAGAGUCAUUGGAGGGCGAGAGAAACUUUAACUCAGAGAUAGCCGAUCUGGAGAAGGAGGGGAACAUGCCGUUGGAGGAACUGCUGGCCAUCUACCGCUAUGAGGCGUCUGUCAGUACGGCUGCAGGCUCCAGCAUGGACAGCUUUUCUGGGGAGCUGACGGAUGAGCUGCCAGAUAUGACUUUGGACAAGGAGGAGAUAGCUAAAGACCUGCUAUCAGGGGACUAUGAGGAGGAGACCCAGUCAUCCGCUGAUGACCUCACCCCUUCAGUCACCUCCCAUGAGGCCACCGACUUCUUCCCCAGAACACUCAGAUCUAAUACUAUCUACGACGGUGAUAAGGAGUCCGAGUGUGAGGAGGAUGGCCCAAGCCUAGAGGACUCCAGAAAGGAAAUAAUGGUGGGGUCGCAGCACCAAGCAGAGGUCCCCACCCACCUCUGUCACUAUGGCGACGAUAAGGUUUACGAAGAUGAUGACCAGUUGCUAUGGAGCCCGGACGUGUUGUCAGAAAGCAAGGUCAGGGACUUCCUGUGUGAGGCGUCGUCACGGGCGACCGAUGAGAGGACAGGAAGUGACAUGGCAGGGGCUCAUGUGAGCGACAAUGAGCAGGCUCUGUAUGAGCUUGUGAAAUGUAAUUACAAUACCCCUGAAGCACUGGAGAGGUAUUGCAGUAACGUGAACUCAUCACAGGAGGAAUCCCCACCGUGGUCUGAAGAUGAAUGCAGAAACUUUGAACAUGCACUACAGCUAUACGAUAAGAACUUUCACCUCAUACAGAAGCACAAGGUUAAGACACGGACGGUAGCUGAAUGUGUGGCCUUUUACUACAUGUGGAAGAAGUCGGAGCGCUUUGAUUUCUUUGUCCAGCAGAAUCGCUUUGGCAAGAAGAAGUAUAGCAGCUAUCCUGGUGUAACGGACCUGAUGGACCGGCUGGUGGACGAGGCAGAGGGCCUGGCAGUAGACAGCUCCUCCUCUGUGUGCUCAGGUGGAGGAGGAGGGGUGAGGAUGGAGCCCACCACAGAGCAGCAGCUCAGCCUGCUCAACUCCAUCACUGCCAGCGACCUCACAGCCCUGAGUAACAGCGUGGCCACAGUGUGCAGCCCAGCGGAGGUGAGCUGCCUGGACUCAUACGGUUUCCCCCCUCUGGAGAGCCUCCACCGGGGGUCCCUGGCACAGGAAGAGCCCCUGGGCUUCCCCUCCAACGGAGGAGAUCCCGACUGUCUCAACAUGCUGGACGCUGGCUUCUACCACUCAGACCUGGGCCAGCGGGGAGGGGUGUACGGGGGCAAGGACUGCGAGCGGCCUUCUAAGAGGCUCAAGUUGGCGCUGCCCGACUCUUUCAUCAACGAUGUUUCUGUGGGUAACCUCGGAGUGGAUUUUGAGGGGCGGCGGAACACGGCACACCACCGCAUCACCGGCGCCAAGAUGGCGGUGUCCGUCACGGACUUUGGGGGCUUGGCGGGCAGUGGGGAGCCCAAUGGGUUUAUGGGAGCACAUGCACGACGUCACAGCACAGCGCUCCAGUCAGAGUGACCACCCCCGCCCCCAGAAUCCCUCCUUUAAAUCCACCAUCCCAUGUGUACAUAAGACUCACUCACUGGAGAUUUUUGUUUAAUAAUUAUAUAUACACAUCUAUUUCGUUUUUGAUUUUAUUUGUGAAAUAUGACAUCAGUGAUGUCUUUAUCGUAUAGAACAAAAAAUCUUGAUUUCUCAAGAGUUUAUAUAGCCAUUUAUUUUCCGCGGCCCUGAGAUGUCAGUGUCCAUGUAGUGUGGGGCCCAGCCCAGCCUGUCCUGGAGGCUGCGGAUAGACAGUUGUGUUUUGUUCCUCAUCCCUCACACCCACAUCUACAGACGACUUCUUCAAAGCUACGUAAUCCUGCCACUCAUAUACAGUUGCCAAACCAGCUUUGUUCUGGUUUACUAAGUUUGUUUAUUAUUAAAGUGGUAUUUUUGAUUAACAAUCAGUGUUUACAGGUACUUGCAGAAACCAAGCUUGGUCAAAUGUGUUUUGUCCGAGAGGAGCCUGGGUUUUGUACUUAAUGCAACAACACUCGUUGGUGUUGAGGCCGUGUAGAUUUUAACUAGGAGCAUAUCAGUUGCUAGGAUGUUUUUCUCUCCCUCUCGCCUUUGUUUUUGUUCCUGUGGAAGUUUCUUUUGUACUCGGCUUGCUUUUUUCAGACUUUUAACAGUCUGAAGUGGCCAAACCAGAGGAGUAUGUUCUAGAAUUUUAACAAAAUAUUAUAUGAUGAUUUUCCUCGGUGUUCAGCUGUGACAGAGCUUGCCAAAACAUUUUAAACCUUUUUUAAAUCUGACAAUUUUAUUAGCGGAGUCAAGUGAUCAAUGUAAAGACUAAAAGGCUGGGUCUGACACCCAACUAAUCUGGGCAGUUUUAUCUGUCCAUCAUAUUAUCUGAAACAUGCCCUUAUAAAUCUGUCUCUUAUUGCCCCAGAAAUUAGCCAAUAUCAUGACAAUAUUUUACAUUAUGACAGAACAGUUUUUGUAUUGGCAUUAUAGCGUUGCACUGAGAUGUCAUGUGUUCAGCUCCAGUAAUGUAUAUAGUUUCUGCCCUAUACUCUUAGCACAACAUGUAUUUCUUCAUAAAUCUAAUUGGCCCCAGUUGAGUGCUAAUUGUGCUGUUUGCAUGUUCAUCAUAGAGCUUGAUCAAUCUGCAAAAGUUAGGGUUUAUUUUUUUCCCUCUACUGUAUUGUUCAUUAUUGAAACUACUUAAGGCCUGCAUAAGCUUGUUAGCAGUAUUAUUUCUUUAUUUAAAGCCACUUUUUUUCCUUUUCUGCAACUUCCACUCUACUGACUGGAGGAUGCCUUGUAUUAACCAGUCCAUAAUUUAAUGUCCAGUUGCAGUCUAACAGAGAUUCAACUUCUAUUUCUCUAGACUGAACUAAUUGUGAAUUGUUGAGUGUUGGGGGGGGGGGUCAUUGUCUUUUUAAUGUAUGCAGUAGUGAUUGCUUAAUUUACCUAUGCAUUGUGAGUUUGAUAAUUAGUUGGUUUCAGGGGUGUAUAUAUACUGAACAAAAAUAUAAACGCAACAAUUUUAACGAUUUUACAGUUUACAGAAGGAAAUCAGUCAAUUGAAAUAAAUGAAUUAGGCCCUAAUCUAUUUAUUUCACAUGACUGGGCAAGGGCUCACCCACUGGGUGCCAGGCCAAUCAGAAUGAGUUUUUCCUCACAAAAGGUCUUCAUUACAGACAGAAAUACUCCCCCCAGACUAUCCCACAGGUCUGCGGUUGUGAGGCCGGUUGGACGUACUGCCAAAUACUCUAAAACGAC